AUGCGACAGAAAGCCGCUAGCGCGUUUCUCGACCUUGACGACCCUGGCGGAAGCGGAAAGCGCGCAGGAAGCGCGGGAGGCGUGGAAAACGCAGGAAACGGGGAAUACGCGGGAGUAGAGGAAUACGCGGAGGGCUCGAGGGUUCCCCUGACGAAGCGGGAGCUAUGGGGUUGGUACUCGUACAACGUCGCAGCGAACUCGUUCAGCGCAGUCGCUAUGCCCAUUUUCAUCCCGCUCCUUCUGCUCCUCCUCGCCGACGCGCAAGCCUGGAACGACUCGGGCGCCGCGAAGCCACCGCAGUGCACCGAUCUGAUCACCGCGGACUGCCUGCAGUGCGUGCCGGGGAAGGGGAACCAGCUGGUGACGUCAGCGGGGGGAUACAGCGAGCUGGAGCAGCCGCGCGUGCGGCUCGGCGCGCUUAGCAUCAACCCCGUGUCUUACGCGACGAUCGUGAUCGGCGUCGCCGUGUGCUGCCAGAUCGUCGCACUCGUGUCGCUCGGCCCGUUCACCGACUACGGUCGCGGCAGGAAGCAGGUUCGUGGGCAGCACUCCUCCUCGCCCUUCCCCUCACCCCCUCCAUCCACUCCACCCGAAACUCCUCUCCUCACUCCUCCCCCUCACUUCCUCACUUCUCCCCCUCACUUCCUCACUUCUCCCCCUCACUUCCUCACUUCUCCCCCUCACUUCCUCACUUCUCCCCUCUCACUUCCUCACUUUUCCCCUCUCACUUCCUCACUUCUCCCCUCUCACUUCCUCACUUCUCCCCUCUCACUUCCUCACUUCUCCCCUCUCACUUCCUCACUUCUCCCCCUCACUUCCUCACUUCUCCCCUCUCACUUCCUCCCUUCUCCUCUCACUUCCUCCCGUCUCCUCCUGCUCUACUCAUACCUCUGGAUGCGAUCCAGCCUGCGUGUUACCCAGACUCAUCUUAUCAUUCCCAGUUUCCUCUCCACCUCCCCUCUUCCCAUCCAGAUGCUCAAGAUGCUCAAGGUGGGCACGUGGAUGGGAGCAGCAGCCUGCACGGCUCUCCUCUUCAUGCUCACUCCGUCCCUCUGGCUGCUCGCCGGCCUGCUCGUCAUCAUCGCCAGCAUCGGAUACGGCCUCGCCACCGUCAGCUACAACGGCUACCUGCCCCUCCUCGUGCACGCCUCGCCUGAAGUACUCUCCGCAGAGGCCACGGCCGACCCGGAAGCAGUCGCGUCCACACGGGAAGACGUGGAGAAUCGGUACUCUCUUAUUGGGCUCGCGGCGGGGUGUCUGGGUGAUAUACCGAUCACGCUCGUUGCGUUUGCGCUCACGCUGGUUUCAUCGGACGAGUCGGUUCAGAUGCGCGUUGCCACCGCGUUUUGCGGCGUCUGCUGGAUCCUCUUCGCGCUCCCCACUUUCCACUUUCUCCGUGCCCGACCGGGACCCCCGCUCCCUCUUCCUCCUCCCCACUCUGCGGGGAAUCAUGAAGCAGAGGGGGCGGAGGAAGGCAGGGACGGAAGCUGCUGCUGCUCCGGCUGUAGCGGGGCUUGCUGCUACAGCUUGGGCGAGCCCUGCGGGGGUUGCCGCUACAGCUGUGGUUCGUGCUACAGCCGGGUGCAGUUCUUUUUCAGCGUCGUGGGUGCGAGCUGGAGGGGCAUGGGGGACACACUAGCAGACGCGUACCGGCACCACCGGAACGCGCUCGUGUUCAUCGCGUGCUACUUUGUGUACGCUGAUGGGUUCUCCACUAUCAUCCAAGUGGGGGUUAUUUUCGGGCAGCAGGAUCUCUGCGUGCCGCCCGCAACACUCGCCAUCCUCGCCACCUCGGUUUCGUUCUGGGCGGCAGCCGGGAUGCCUGUUCUCUACCUCAUUCAAAGACGAACCAAGUGGAGCAACAAGACAAUGGCAAUGAUUGCUCUGGGCGGCAUGCUACCCCUGCCGCUGUGGGGCCUCAUCGGCUACUUCACAGACAGCUUCGGGUUGAAGCACACGUGGGAGCUAUUCGCAUACGUGGGGUGGUUCGGCCUGUGUCUGGGCCCACUACUGUCAUAUUCGCGUACACUGUAUGUGGACCUUAUGCCGUCUGGCAAGGAGGGGGCGUUCUUUGCCAUCUACACCAUCAGCGACAAGGGCAGCUCGUCCUUUGGCCCGUUUGUCGUCGCCAUCAUCGCCCAGGUUUCUGGCACGAUCCGGCCCACCUUUGUGUACAUAUUCCUGGUCAUGUUCAUACCCCUUGUAGUCGUCACCAUUUGUCUCGACCACAAGCAAGGCAUGGAAGACGCCGGGCGCAACAAGCUCACAGCAAUGAAGACAUUGGAGGAUGGGAAGGAGGAGGUUCCUAGUGCAUGCGGGGAGGGAUUGGAGCUUCACUCUGCUGAUGCUCAAUCCAGUCACAGUGGCAGUAGAAGAGAUGAUGCAGGGUAG